UCCCCACAAUGACAUAACUCCAUUCAGAGACUGGCGUGACUGGGCUGGGUUCCCCCCCCCAGCUCUUGUAUCACUAGGAAUCUGGCAGCCAACUCCGUCCUCACAGAGUUUACAGCAUAUAUUGGUGGAUUCUUGUCCACAGUGCAUCUGCUUUAAGAAUUAACGAAAGCAGAAUCAAGACAGCAAGGAUUCAAAGCAUUAGCCAAAAAUGAAUCUUGGUGCGUUUACUCUCCUCUUGGCACUAAUCACUGGUGGCAGCAGCAACGAAGACUACGAUUAUUACGAUUUCCCGCUGUCGAUAUAUGGACGAUCAUCUCCAAACUGUGCACCAGAAUGCAACUGCCCUGAAAGCUACCCAUCAGCCAUGUACUGCGAUGAGCUGAAAUUGAAAAGUGUGCCAAUGGUGCCUUCUGGAAUCAAGUACCUUUACCUUAGGCAUAACCAGAUUGACCAUAUUGAUGAAAAGGCCUUUGAAAAUGUAACCGAUCUACAGUGGCUCAUUCUAGAUCAUAACCUUCUAGAAAAUUCCAAGAUAAAAGGAAGAAUUUUCUCUAAGCUGAAACAACUGAAGAAGCUGCAUAUAAAUUACAACAACCUAACAGAAUCUGUGGGCCCACUUCCCAAAUCUCUGGAGGACCUGCAGCUUACUAACAACAAGAUCACAAAGCUUGGCUCCUUUGAAGGACUGGUAAACCUGACCUUCAUCCAUCUUCAACACAAUCAACUGAAAGAUGAUAUCUCAGGUGCUUUUAAAGGCCUUAAGUCACUCGAGUACCUUGACUUGAGCUUCAAUCAGAUGACCAAACUGCCCUCUGGUCUCCCAACAUCUCUUCUAACUCUCUACUUAGACAACAAUAAGAUCAGCAACAUUCCUGAUGAGUAUUUCAAGCGUUUUAAGGGACUGCAGUAUCUGCGUUUAUCCCAUAAUGAACUGGCUGAUAGUGGAAUACCUGGAAAUUCUUUUAAUGUAUCAUCCCUGCUUGAGCUGGAUCUCUCCUAUAAUAAGCUGAAAAGCAUACCUACUGUCAAUGAAAACCUUGAGAACUAUUACCUGGAGGUCAAUGAACUCGAAAAGCUUGACGUAAAGAGUUUCUGUAAGAUCCUGGGACCACUGUCCUACUCCAAGAUCAAGCAUUUGCGUUUGGAUGGCAAUCGCAUCACCCAUACUAGUCUGCCGCCUAAUAUGUAUGAAUGUCUACGUGUAGCAAAUGAAAUCACAGUUAAUUAAUAUCUGCUCAUUUUGAUUAUAUUGAGGGGUAUCCUGGAGCUACAUUUUAUGCUUAUAUUUUUGUAUGUUGGUUUUCAUAGUCUUCAUUUUUGUUGUUGUUGUUGAUUACUUCCAUGAAUUUUAAAUUCUGAGAGAAAAUGUUUUGUAAACAUUUUACUACUUUUUAAAAAAGAAAAGAUGAAAAGCAGGCCUAUUUCAUCACAAGCACAAACGUAUACUCACACAUGUACAACAAACAAUGCUUUAUUGUAAAUUUAGUGUUUUUUACAUCUCUACUGUUAAAUGAUGCGCAAAGCCUUUUACUGGUUGCAUGGAAGCCAAGUUUUAUAACUUCUAAAUCCUAACUUAAUGUGCCCAAAAGCAUGGAAUACAUACAUAUGGAUGUUUACUGUCUUGAAUCAAAUUAUCUUAAUAUGUUCAAGUUUGUGUAGCUGAAAAGUAGGUGGUAAAUUCUGAGACCAAUGAUUUUGUGAAAUACUAAACAAAAUUCAUGAAGCCACAUACAUUUAAAGCAGAAUUUUUAGGAUUAAGAAUUCAUAUAGUCACCUAGAGAAAUUUUCUAGAAAUAUUUUUCACUUUAAAUCAUGUGUAUGUUUCUUUUUUUAUUAUUUGCACGUUAUGUUUAACAAGCUAAUAGUAAAAUAAAACAUAGCAAAUGGCAGCACUGUGUUUGCCUUCUUAUAAAAUUCAUCUCUCUCAUAUAUAAAAUAAUCAGGUGCCACAUAAUGAUAGUGCAGUGAAUGAUGGAUGGAUCGCAUGUAUGAUGAUGGUCUCAUAAGAUUACAAUGGAGCUGAACAAUUUCUAUUGCCUAGUGAUGUCAUGGCCUCAUAACAUCACAGCACAAGGCAUUGCUCCUGCGGUUGUGGUGAGGCUGGUGUAAGCAAACCUGCCGCAAUGCCAGUCAUGUAAAAGUAUAGACACACAAUUCUGUAUAGUGCAUAACAUUUGAUAAUUAUCAUAAACAUGUAUUUACUAUACUAUACUUCUUAUCAUUAUUUUAGUGUGUAUUCUUUUUACUUAUUUUUUAAAAGUUUCUGUAAAAGACAAUACCAUGUUAUGCCAGCAUCAGCCUCAUACAUCUCAUGUUUAUGUCUCUUGUUUGCACCAUUUCCUCUUGUGCUUGAUUUAAUCUCGUGUUGUUUUAUAACUUUAGUGGAGCCUAAAUCCAUAGCAUUUAUAGAGUCUAUAGCAGGGUACAGUGAUGCCCUAGGCCUUCCCAUUCACUCAACACUCACUCACCCAAAGCAACUUUUGGUCCUACAAACUCUGUUAAUGGUAAGUGCCCUGUACAAAUAUACCACGUUUUAUCUUUUGUACCAUAUUUUUACUCUUCCUUUUCUAUGUUUAAAUACACAAACACUUACCAUUGUGUUAUAACUGCCUAAAGUAUUCAGUAUAGUAACAUGCUGUACAGGUGUGUAGCCUGGGAGCAAUAGGCUAUACCAUGUGGCCCAGGCUGUACCAUCUAGGUUUGUGUAAGUGCACUCUACGAUGUUCUCACAAUGACAGAAUGGCCUAAGGACAAAUUUCUCAGAACAUAUCUCCAUUAAAUGGUGCAUGACUAUAAUAGAUUAGAUUCAAAAAAUAUCUCUAACCUGCAAUAUUUUACUCAUGUUAAAUAGAAAUUCUCACUAAAUAAAUUGUCUGCUUCUAACAUCCACUUGCAAAGGGUUUUUAAACACCUUUAUAUUACGUACUUAAAAGCGUCCAUAUCCCAAUUCCAAUUCAUGAGAUGAUGAGUUCCCUACCACCACCAAAUGAUUCGCUGGACAUCAAGUGGGUAUCCUACAAUUCAACUCAAUUUUGACAUUAUCAACCUGUAGACAGUGUCAGAUUCCACAGGUUAAGAGCUCCGUCCUACAAGACUAUCCCCUUUUUUCAGAUGCCAGUAGCAAUCCCAGGUCGUUAACUGGACUUCUAAACAACUGGCUAUAAAACAGGAGUUCCUAACACCCCCUCCUUGGGUUUGAUUAAUUUGUAGAUUGGCUCACAGAACUCAGGAAACUUGUUUACUCACUAGAUUACCAAUUUAUUAUAAAAGGAUAUAACUCAGGAACAGAAGAAAUACAGAAGACAAAGUUUGGGGAAAGAGUAUGGAGCUUCCAUGCCCUCUCCAAGCAUGCCAUUCUCUUAGAAUCUCCACAUGUUCACUAACCUAAAGACUCUCUGAACCCUGUCCUUUUGGGGUUUUAGAGACUUCAUUACAUAGGCAUAAAUCAUUAAAUCAUUGUCUGUUGGCAAUUGAACUCAAUCUUCUGCCCCUCUCCCCUCCCAGAGAUGGUGGUGUGGGGGACAGAAAGUUCCAACCCUCUAAUCACAUGAUUGGUUCUCCUCACAACCAGCCUACUACCCUUAGGUUACUUUCUAAAAGUUACCUCAUUAACAUAAAAAAAGAUAUCUUUAUCACUCUUAUCACAAAAAAUUUGGAGGGUUUUUUUUUGGAACUGUGAGCCAGGAUCCAGGACCAGAUUAAAACUAUAUGAAAAAUAUAUUUAGGUCAUCUGAUAGCACACUGUUUAAAUCUCACAGCUGGUUUGGAUAUUUGUUAUUAUUCUCAUUCCUGUUGGCUUUAUGAUUCAAAUGCAAUGGUAUUCUAUUAAAUAGGAAGCAGCUAAAA